UACAGCUUGGUAAAGUAGCCAGUAGAGCAUCGACGCUUGUAGCUCGCCGUCAUAUCGCGUUUAUCGCUGCUACAUUUUUGUGAAUUUCGUAGAGAAAACGUGAAUAAAAAAUUGACGUCGUACGUGAAUGCGCUUCGAUUUGCGGAUCGUGAAUAUCCCGCUUUCGUCGUGUCGUUUUAACAGCGUCGUUACAGCGGCAACGCUGAAGCGGCGAUCUACAGCCUACAGCCCCACAUCGAACGAAGGAUUACAUGAUUUAAGCAGAGUGUGGAUAUUUGAAUUAAGUUAGCGGCAUCAAAGAUGGCUUGGCGUUUCAAGGCAUCCAAAUACAAAAAUGCCACACCUAUUGUUCCCAAACCAGAGGCUUGUAUUAGAGAUAUUUCUGUGGGAUCAUAUCAAACCUAUGGGAACAACAUAGCAGCAUCUGCAUCAUUUAUGGCAUUCAAUGUUGAUCAUAAUGGAUCCAGUUUAGCAGUAUUGCCACUGGAGGAUUGUGGUAGGAAGAGCAAAACUAUGCCACUACUUCAUGCACAUGCGGACACUGUGACAGAUAUGGGUUUUUCUCCGUUUUAUGAUGGCUUACUUGCAACUGGUUCUCAAGAUUGUCUUGUAAAGUUAUGGCAUAUCCCGGAAAGUGGUUUGGAGGAAUCCUUGUGCAAUCCAGAAUGCACAUUUUCACAUCGUCAACGAAGAGUGGAAACAGUAUGUUGGCACCCUUCUGCUGAACAUCUUCUGACUACCACAUCAUUCACCAAUCUCUCACUUUGGGAUGUUCUUUCUCAACAGGAGCUAUUCUCUAAUAGUGAUCACACAGAAGUAAUUCAGUCUGUAAGCUGGAAGCAAGAUGGUAUCGUUUUGGCAACAUCUUGCAAAGAUAAGCAAUUGAGGAUCAUAGAUCCACGCGCAUCUGCAUGUAUCGUAAACUCAUGCUCAAGUCACCAAAGUAUCAAAGAUUCCAGAAUAGUUUGGCUAAAUAGUGACAGAAUACUCACCACAGGAUUUGAUGCAGCAAGAUUGCGUCAAGUUUUCAUUAGGGAUUUGAGACAUCUGAAUGAGCCAGUGAAAACAUUAGAAUUAGAUUGUAGCACUGGUAUCUUGAUGCCACUUUUUGAUCCUGAUACAAAUAUGCUCUUUCUGGCUGGAAAAGGAGACACCACUAUUAUGUACAUGGAAGUUACAGAUAAAGAUCCUUAUCUAGUAGAAGGAAUUCGUCAUAGUGGCGAGCAAACUAAAGGGGUUUGUCUGGUUCCUAAACGAGCAUUGAAUGUAAUGCAAGCUGAAGUUAACAGACUAUUACAACUUACUUCUAAUAUGGUGAUUCCAAUCAUGUAUCAAGUUCCACGAAAAACAUAUCGAGACUUUCAUGCAGAUAUUUAUCCAGACACGACUGGAUGCGUUGCUCAAAAUAACGCAGCAGCAUGGAUUAAAGGUCAUAACGCAUCUGUACCAAAGAUAUCACUGGAUCCUGCUAAAAGAAGCAAAGGCGAAGAACCGAUUACCGUACACAAAGGGAACUUAGCAGCACUCAAAGACAAUCAACGUGAAAUUAAAGUAGAACAAACGAAUCGGCAAUCGAAAUCCUUGGUCAUUACCACGCCGAAAGGAUUCUCGAAAGUGCAGAAUAACGUGAACGAAAAUGACAGUAAUAUAGAGAACGAUACCGAGAAGAUUGAAGACACGAAAAAGCCAUCCGAAGAAGAAGAAAAGAUUAAGAUACAAAAUGGAGGCGGUCAAGCCGUUCCACCAAAACCUUUACCGAGAGCAUCAAGAACUAACAGCAUCUCCGAGGAGGAACCAAAACCGGUGGCACGUCCACGUACUUCACCGAAUCCCGGAUCAGUAGUUACAUCAGUGAAUCCUAAUGCGAUCGGCGGAUAUAAGCCUCGACUUGGUCCCAAACCGUUCCAAGCAAAAUCUAGCAGCCAGGAAUUUUCGUUUGACAAAGUCUUCUCUGUACCUGUCGCACCGAAUAAUGAUAAUACCAACGGGUAUCAGAACGAAGUUAACAACGUUGUAGAACAUAAUACGGAAGCAGAUAAGUCGCCGACUUUUACACCUAAUGAGCGUGCAAAGGAUGCGGAAAAUGGCAAGAGCGACUCUAGCUCCAUCGAGGAAGAUGCCAAUUCGAGCGAUUCUGGUUAUAAGCCGAAGACACCAUGCACCGCAGAAAGGCGCAAAGUAUUCGAAACGAAAGUGAAGGACGAGUCACCCGAAAAUGAGGACAUUGGAAACUUUGAACGUGGUACAAACAGAAAUUCAAUCGCCGAAAGACGGCGUCUUUACGAAAGUCGAUCCGUAUCGGUCACUGAUGGGAAUUUGGCAGAGAAGGCGAUGGGUUCGCCGACUAUGUUGAGACGAAGGGAUUCCUUUAAGGCGAAAAGUGAGAUGAUUAAAGAAGAUGAAACGAAAAAAAGUAUUCCCAUGCUACGGCAGCAGAGCAUGGAUCCUAAAUUGGAAAAGGUAGAGCCCGUUACGACAUUAGCUUCCAAGAGAACAUCAACAGUUUUUGGAAGAGUAUCCAAGUUUCGGCACUUGAAAGGUACGCCGGGCCACAAAUCUACACAUAUCGAAAAUAUACGCAAUAUUAGUCGUCAAAUAUCUGGCGAGUGUGAUGGCUUUCACGCUAAUCCCGAUCGAGUAGCUGUACCUUUGAGUGGUCCGGGUGGAAAGAUAGCAGUGUUGGAAUUGAAGAAAACUGGGAGACUACCGGAUGGAGUUAUGCCAGCAUUGGUCCACGGCGCGACUGUAAUGGAUUUUCAAUGGGAUCCAUUCGAUAAUCAGCGAUUGGCAGUUGCUUGUGACGACGGAAUAAUUCGAUUGUGGGAAAUACCGGAGUCUGGUUUAGCGGAACCGACAAACGAACCAAAGCAUGUUAUAGAAGCUCAUACUGACAAGAUUUAUUUGAUCAAAUUUCAUCCAUUGGCAUCAAACGUUCUCGCAUCUGCUUCGUAUGAUAUGACUGUCAAAAUUUGGGACUUGUCACUCUUAACGUCUACCGAAACAGCGAUUGCAAAGAUCACAUUGAUUGGUCAUACCGAUCAAAUAUUUAGCUUGGCAUGGUCACCGUGCGGUCAGUAUCUUGCUAGUGCAUGCAAAGACGGCAAAUUACGAAUCUACAAACCUCGAUCUAGCGACGUUGUCGUGAAAGAAGGGAAAGGUCCAGUCGGUACGAGAGGUGCGAGAGUUAUAUGGGCGCUCGAAGGCAGAUAUCUUGUUGUAAUGGGCUUUGAUAAAGUUUCUGAAAGACAAAUUUACAUAUUUAAAGUGGAUAAUCUAAAUACUCCUUUGAACACUGUUGGAUUGGAUGUUUCGCCUGCCAUACUAAUGCCAUAUUACGAUGAGGAUAGCUCUACGCUUUUUCUAACCGGACGUGGUGAUUCUACAAUAUAUGCAUUUGAAGUAACUGAGGAACCUCCAUAUUGUUGUCCCUUAAGCCAUCACAGGUGCAGUAGUUUGCACCAGGGUUUGUCAUUCCUUCCAAAAAAUAAAUGUGAUGUAGCCAUUGUAGAGUUUGCCUCCGCUUUGAGACUAACAAAUAAUACAAUAGAGCCUUUGAGUUUUACCGUGCCGCGCAUAAAGAGCGAGUUAUUCCAAGAUGAUCUCUUUCCUCCAACUAAAGUUAUCUGGAAGCCAACUUUAUCUGCGGCAGAAUGGUUUAAUGGUGGCAACAAACAGCCACCUAGAAUAAGUCUCAAACCACCUGGUAUGGAUAAUUUAACUGAGAAUCAGUCGCAAAGUGCAGUUACUCCUCCUCAAGUCGCAAAUAAACCAUCUACGACCCCUUUUGGUAUAUCUGCACAACCCUUUAAUAGACUAGGAUGGAAUCCGAAUAUUAAAGCGAAACAAGAAGAGAUCCAGAAAACUAUGAGCCAUUUUGUGGGAGAUGUUAUUCAAUGUUCACUGGAACAAGAUCACAUGGAAGGCGUCGAGGAACAUGAAUGGGACGAGUGAAAAUUGAGGAUUUAUGGAUAGAUGCAAACUGGUGAAGAAAAAUCUGAGCGUGAUUGUUGGAGUAUCAUAAAUUAUUUAUAAGUUAAAAUUAUAUAUCGAAAAUGGCGCAAGAACAUCGCAGUAUUACUGUGUAUAGAGAAAAAGAAAUGCGAGAAUUGUAUCUGAGAGAUACUUCCAAUGAUUUUCUUUUUAAGGAGGUAAGCGUUAAGUGCAGUGUUUUAUAUCAAUUUAUAACAAUACUCAUUUUUUUGUAAAUUUAGCUUAAGAUUUUUGUAAACGCAUUUUUCAACGCAUAGAAAAAUAAGACUCCAGGCCUUGUUAUAAAUAUUAAUUUAAAGUAAAAAUUUAAAAGCGAAAUGAAGCAAAUGACACGAGUGAUUUAUAAUCUUUGAUAAUGUAAUCAAUGCAGUUUUUGAUAUACAGUUCAGCAUUGAUAUAAAAAUACUGUUCUUAUAAAACCAAAUACGUGAUUAUAGCUCUAGUCUCAAAUCAUUUUUCUUCAACUACUGAUUUCUCAUACAUUUCUAGCUACAAAUAAUUCUAUAG